UCCAGCACGUCGCCACUCGAGCCCGUCCGCUCCCUCCACAUCGAUCGCCUCGUCCUGCUCCUGCCCGUCCACGCUGCCUCCUGCUCCUGCGUGCGCGCCACUCCCUUGUCAAGCGCCCAAACCUCCGCCAGCACACGACUCCGCCGCUACGCCAGGGACAGGGAGGGCAGGGCAUGGAGGACCGCGCCGCCACGGUCAGUGUCCGCGUGGACGGCGCGCCGGCGGAGGCGACGCUCGGGGGCGGGGAGCUACGGUGGCGCCGCGCGACCGGCGGCGGCGGUGCGGGGGAGCGGGCGCUGUCGCUGGAGCGCGAGGUGCUCGGGGUCGAGGCGAGGGGGAAGGAGGUCGUUGUGAGGGCCUUCGUUGCGGCGGGCGCGGGUAGGGCGACGUCGUGCGCGUCCGGCGCGGGCGCGGGAGGGAAGAAGGGAGCUGGGAGGCGGUGCAGGCGGGACUUCGUGCUCGAGAUGGCCGACGGCGAGGGCGCCGCCGCGGCGUGGGGCGAGAGGAUGAGACGCUGCCUCGACUCGUUCGGCCGGCCGAAGAGACUGUUCACUUUCGUCAACCCCUUCGGCGGCAAGAAAUGCGCGAAGAAGAUCUACGACGCGGAAAUCAAGCCUCUGUUUGAAGCUGCGGGUGUGAGCAUCACAGUGCAAGAGACCGAGUACCGGGGACAUGCCCGGGAGGUGGCGACUUCCCUCGACCUUGCCAAGUACGACGGCAUUGUCUGCGUUAGCGGCGACGGUGUCCUCGUGGAGGUAGUGAACGGAAUUCUUCAACGAACAGAUUGGGAGGAGGCAAUAAAGAUGCCAAUUGGGCUAAUUCCAGCGGGUACAGGAAAUGGCAUGGCUAAAUCACUCCUGCAUGCUGCCAGUGAGAAAUGCUCUGUUUCAAAUGCUGUAUUUGCCAUUAUCAGAGGUCACAAGCAGUCCUUGGAUGUCUGUACCAUUUUGCAAGGGGAGAAGAAAUUUUUUAGUGUCUUGCUAAUGACUUGGGGUUUGGUGGCCGACAUAGAUAUUGAGUCUGAGAAAUACAGGUGGAUAGGAAGUGCACGCUUGGACUUCUAUGCCGUGGUUCGCAUAAUGAACUUGCGAAAAUACUGUGGAAAUAUUCACUUCGUGCCUGCCCCAGGCUAUGAGGCAUAUGGAGAACCCAUCAAGCAAGUCAAGAAUUUCAUGGUAGAGUCUCUGGAGCAAAAUGGAAAAUCUCAUCCGUCUUCUUAUCCAGGUCCUUCGGUCGAGUUCCAAGCUUCAGACUGGAGAUUUGUUGAUGGUCCAUUUGUUGCAGUUUGGAUAAACAACGUGCCAUGGGCUGCCGAGGAUAUCAUGGCAGCUCCUGAGGCAAAGUUCGCAGAUGGCUAUAUGGAUGCAGUCAUACUCAGAGAUUGUCCAAAGGCCGAUCUUUUAGCUCUACUGAUGAAGAUGAGCGAUGGGAGCUAUGUCAAAUCACCUUAUGUUACAUAUCUCAAGGUAAGAUCUUUUAAAUUAUCUCCAGGCCCGCUUGUUGGGAACCCAAAAAAGGGUGGCAUUAUAGACGUGGACGGUGAGGUAAUUGCUAGAGGAGAAGGAACGUACGGCAGAAGCCAACAUCAAGAUGUGAUGGCUUAUGGUCCUCCUAUUCAGCUGACAGUGCACCAAGCAUUGGCUACUGUAUAUUGCCCAAACAAAAUUCGGUGAAGAUUGGCGUUGACAAAACAAAAAAUUGCCUACAACUUUGCCAAGUUCUAGAAGAAAAAUGCUCAAGUAGAGAGACAACAAGAAAGGGAUCUUACAGUUCUUUUGUCAACAAGCCAAUGAAAGCCGAAACCAAGAAAAGGUUGUCUUUUGCUAAGACAACUGUGGCAUUCAUGAAUGUCAGACCAAAUACCCUCAAAUGACCUUCCCUUUCUGCCCUUUAUCAUAUCUCCUAAGGUUAAUCGCGUCAAUUGUUUUUAUUGUUGUUUAAUAAUUUUAUGACUUAUUCUUCAUGAGCUGUAACUUGUAACUAACAACCCAGUGUAGAUAGUACUGUUCAUAUACCAUCAUAAUUUUCUUUUGGGCAUGAUAAAUUGAUUCACGGUGAAAUGAUCGUGACGUGUUAAAGUAAUCCAUAUAUAUGGUUUGUAUU